UGCUUUUCAGGUAGUUUGGGUCGCUGUCUUUUCGCGGGAAGCCUCCAGGAUCGAGGUGGUCCCUCGACAGCAGGCCUUGGUGCGCCGCUGCAGAGAUGGAGUUGGGAUUUAUUUUUUCAUUUUGUGUCACAUUUCAGGCCAGAGCUCCAUUUUUUCCCGUAAAGCAGGGAGGGUGGAUGAGGGUUAUCUUUCAGAGGGGGGGCAGAGAGCGACCGCUGAGCAUCGCAGCGCUGCUGCAGCGCUCACGUCCUGCGUGAAAGGGAGAAGUGAAAGCGCAGCAGCUGGUCGGCUGCAGAGGGCUCGGCUUAUAAAUAGCCCUUCGUUGACUUCUCUUUCACAAUUUUUAUUCGGCAAAUGUGUCUUCCUGAAUUCGGAGAGAUUUAAAUACGGCCGUCAAGUCUGUUUUCUUCCACUUGGUAGUGACGCAAAUUGGCAACAACUUGGCAGGCAAGCUGAAGGAGGAAAAAAUGAAGGCUGAUCUGGAGGCGCCUCUGCCGGCUGGACAGGAAGACUUUGCGAUCCGGUGUCGAGAUGUGUGCCGAUCGUAUGGCAAACUGAAGGUCCUCAACAACCUGAACCUGGCUGUGCCACAGGGACAAAUUUAUGGCCUUUUGGGGCCCAGUGGAUGUGGGAAGACCACACUUCUCAAAUGCAUUGUGGGAACUUUGAAAAUCUCACGAGGUCACAUCACUGUGCUAGGGAAGCCGCCUGCGUUUCCUGGCCACGAUAUUCCGGGGAAGAAAGUUGGAUACAUGCCACAGGAAUUGGCGUUGUACAAUGAGUUCACCAUUAGCGACACCCUGACCUUCUUUGGCCGAAUUCACGGCCUGACAUCUAAGGAAACCCAGGCACGCAUGAACUUUCUCAUUGACUUCCUGGAUCUACCUCAGAAGACCAGUCUGGUCCGAAAUCUUAGUGGAGGUCAGCGGCGAAGGGUGUCUCUCGGGGCGGCUCUGCUCCAGAAUCCAGAGCUGCUCAUCCUGGAUGAACCAACAGUGGGAGUAGACCCUGUGCUCAGAUCCAAGAUCUGGCAUCACCUGGUAGAGAUUGUGAAGACGGGAAAGGUCUCUGUUAUUAUCACCACACACUACAUAGAAGAGGCCAGGCAAGCCAAUGUGGUCGGUCUCAUGCGACACGGCCGGUUGCUGGCUGAAGGUCCCCCAGAUGCCGUCAUGAAGCAGCACUGUGCAACAACCCUGGAGCAUGCCUUCCUGCAGCUGUGUGAGACGUCAGACCAGGUCGGCUCUAAACGCGAUUCCAGUUCUCCAGAUGGAACGUUAGACAAAAGCCAGUCAUUUGAGAAUGGGAAGGAUGAGAGUCAGCCAAUUCUUGGAGUCGGAUCUCCACCUGCAGAGGAAAGCCUCAAAUGUUCAGUGGACUGGAAGGUGCGAGCCAGACAUGUGCUGCCAAAGUGGAGGAACAUCGCAGCCCUGAUGAUCAAAACAUUGGUGCGGAUGAAGAGAAUGCCGGGCUCUUUGUGUUUCCAGUUCCUGCUGCCCGUCAUCCAGGUCUCCCUCAUCUGUCUGUGUGUCGGAGGAGAUCCAAAGGGCAUCCAGGUUGCUAUAGUGAACAAUGAGACCUCCCCCUCUGCUUUCAGCCAAUCAUUCCUCUCCUUCCUGGACAACUCGAGUGUGCAGCAGGUGAACUUGUCCCACAAAGAAGCUUUUGAGGGAAUCUAUAAUGGAGAGUACUGGAGUGUAAUCGGCUUUGGCAAGAACUUCACCAGCUACCUGACUAAACGGAUGCUCCAGCGGCAGGUCUCUCAGGAGAUAAUCGAUGGAGGAUCAAUACACGUCUGGCUGGACCAGACAAAUCGGCAAAUUGCCCUCAUGGUGCAGAAGAAACUACACCAGGCCUUCCAGGCAUUUGUGGAUUAUAAACUGGGUGGCAUGGCAUAUAUGGUUGCCUUACCAAUAAAGUUUGAGGAGCCAAUCUACGGCAGCCAAAACACAGACUUUACUACAUUUGUGACCCCUGGAGCUGUGCUCAGGUGUGAGCUCUCUGGAGACGAUGCUGGCUCACCUCUUCUCUCAGCUGUUCGUCAUCAGCGUUCAGAUCAUCCUGCUGCUUCUUAUGAUGCUGCUCGUCUUCAAGAACCCUAACGAAGGGUCCUUGGUGCUCGUCAUAAUUCUGAUAGUCCUGCAGGGUGUCACAGGCAUCUCAUUUGGCCUCGUCAUCUCAUCUGCAAUUGACGACGAGCAGAGCGCCAACCAGGCUGCUCUGGGUAUCUUCUAUCCCAACCUCAUCCUUAGUGGUAUCAUCUGGCCCGUGGAAUGUAUCCCGUAUCCUCUCCGCUACCUUAGCCUGGUCCUUCCUCAGACCUACGCCUCAGAAGCCCUUCGCUGUAUCAUGUACAGAGGCUGGGGUCUGUCUCGGAUGAUGGUGUGGCGAGGCUUCGCUGUUACCCUGGGCUGGAACACUUUCUUCCUCAUCCUGGCGACAGUCAUCCUGAAGCUGCGGACGUGACAGCCUCACCCCACAUAGCCUCCCUCAGAAUGGGGGGGUGGAGCUGUCAGGGGAAGUCCUGAAGUCAACGACUCACCAGGGCCUCCUGCAUGUGGAUGGACUGGGGCAACAGCAAGAGGCAAAAGGGAGGAGAGGAGUUCACUGUGGUGUAAUAGUUUGAUGGGUUGAAUGCAUCAGUCGCUCUCCUCCAAAUUAUGUCUCUCUCACACACACUUACAAACAUAGACUCCUGGGGUCCCUUAUCCAGCUGCCUGAACCUGCAGCAGUUGCCUUUGGCCUGUUUAAACGCAAGUGUGAAUUUAGGAUGCUGCACACAGAAAUACACAAGGUAGAAAAUCUACAUGCACAAUAUGUUAUUUAAGUAUCGUGUGUGGUCCUUUAGUUUGUUUCAAUUCUAUCCGUAGCUUCUUUAACUCAACACCAUCUGAACGGCCAUGCACCAGCUCAGGGUCACGUGUUAUUAUUUUUGUUUGGCCUUAGUCUUUAAUGCUACUAAAGAUUUUUCUGUAAUACACUUUAUAUUACAUCAAGUGGAGCAGCCCAUUUUUUGGGGGGUGGGGGGGAAGUGAAUGUAACUGUUUUUUGUCCUUGCAGUAUAUACUGUCUAUCCUGUGUAUAUUUGCAUUAAACAGACAAAUCUGUUCAAGUUUAUAUAAAAAAGAAGAAUCUUAGCACAACAGAAGCUUUUUGUCCACAAGAAAAUGUGAAAAUGUUUUUCAAGCAGAGAACCUGAGUGGAGGAUUGUUGCAUAAUGUCGUGGGACUAGUUUUAAAGUGCUGAUUGCAUCGUGUUGCUCAGAAGGUUCUCACCCACAGAAACACCAUCUUCUCUAUCUGCUCGCUUUUGAUGUUUGCCUUCAGCUUUUUGUCCUGUCUGGUUAUGACUUGACAGGAAGUGGUUUCAUCUCACCGUGUUACCAGGUGCUGAAAAAUCGUCACGUAGAGGUGCAUUAUUCAGCCUGAAGGUUUCCUCUUUUUUUGUGUGCCUGCGUCUCUUUUAGGAGGAGAUUGGUGAUGGGGAAAGUAUUGGUACUGUAUCUGUUUUUUAAUUAUUAUUUCUCUCUACUUUGCUGGACAGAGUGGAGGUUCUUGGACAGAUUUCCUUUCGCUGGUAUAUAGCUGUCCUAAUCCAUACAACUCUAUUUUUUACACAGACUUUUUAUUAAUCUUUCUUUAAGAAUAAUACAGAUUAAAAGCACACAGGAGUAAUGCUGCUUUGAAUUAAACAUGCUAUGGAAAUUAGGGAGAAAAAAAAAGGGAAGAAAAAUCAAAUGAAAAUGCAGAAAUAAGGUGUUUAUAGUCAGAAAGCUUGGUUUUCCUUCCUUUUUUAUGUAGAAGUAAACUGCAAUGAAGAAAUUUUAAUUUGGACUUUGGGGGUGCUUUGACAUCCUACAACAGAUACCACUCUUUGUUUUGGAGGGUAUGUUUCCAAUUAGAGGUUAGAAUAAACAAUGAGAAAAACAAUUUUAAAACAAGACAUGCCUAUAUCUCACAGGUUGUUUAUUUUUCUGUCUUAAAUCUACAUCAUAGGUGCAUCAUAACCAGAAACCAUGCACAAUAACCUGAUGUGCACCUCCCCAGCAAUGUAAUUAUAUGUCACACUGAUGCAAGGGCAGGUGUAAAUGCUGGAAAACCAUGUGGGCAACUUGUGUACGCUACAUCGUAGUGUCUGCAUAGAUUCACUGCAGAAGAAUAACUUAAGUGUAAACCAGUGAGCUGUCUGCCUUUACCCAUAGCAUCAUGUCUUCAGAGGAAUAGUUUUCGACUUUCUGGUGGCCUAAUAAUAGGGGAAGAUGUAAACCGUUGGCUUAGCUUAGCGCUAAUACAGGAAAGGGUAUAACAACCUGCCCAAUUUUAAAAAAACACAAAAAUAUUUAAAGGUUAAUACAUGUUUUGGUUCAUCAAAAAAAUAUAACUAAAUGACUGAACUAAAAUAAAAAUAAGGACCUAUUCAACCACAAGUAUUUUUUUGCUGUUCAACAGCUUUUUAAGAAGUGACAUUGGCAUAAAUCCUUUUAUCUAUUUUCUCAAAAUAUCAAAGUGUUUCUUUAAAUGUAAAAACCUUUGAGAGACCCACAGUGCUGCAAAAGCACCAAACCAGCAUUACAUGUCGUGCCACUCUAAGAUUUUGAAAUGUUUACAUUCAUUAAUGUUUAAUAAAUCAGAUUUUACUUUUUACCCAGUUUUUGUUUCCAUCCUGUUGAUCUAAAAACACAUACUGAUGCAUAAUGUUGGUUGGUUUUUUACCCAUGAUGCAACAGUGCUGGUAAUGGCAGUUAUAUCAUUAAUAUGUCCAUUAACAAGAUAAAUAAUGAAUCUAAAUGACUGUAAGUCCCUCUGCUUGCUUUGUGUUGGUUUACAUUAUGGCUUAAUGAUGAUGUGCAUACACCAUGCUGUGUACUGAGAUUUUCUUGCACUGUAAAUCUGCUCUUGCUGCUCUGCUGUACAUUCAUCAGUGUUCCUGUCGCACAUUUUAUGGGACAUUGUGUUCUUGAUUGGUAGAAAUAGGGGAGCGUUGACUUAUUCAUCUUAUUUAAACAGCUUUCUAUUAUGUUCAGAGGACUUCUAAAUGGACUUUACUGUAUUUUGCCACACUGUGAGGAUAUACUGUAGCUCUGUUCAUAUUCUUACCUCUGUGCCUCAGUUGACUUUCAUCACACGAUAAUGUGUCUCUAUAUAAAAUCAUGUUAAAGUGGUGGUAAAAUUGGUACAGCUCGUGUAAAACUGUUGCUGAUUCUGUGAAAAUGCUUUUGUUUUGUUUUGUUUGUUCUUGGAAAGUUGAUAUAUUGUUGCCAAAAACUCAGUUUGAUCUGUGUAAAAUUUCUGAUUUUUGUUCAAAAGUGCUUUGUAUCGAUUACUGAGUAAUAAUCUUGUGUUCACUACUUACAUUUACUUUCCCACACUCCAGUACCUACAAGACCAGCUAAAUAAUAUGUAAAAGCAAACAUCUGAGCAAAAGCCUGCAUGUCUUUGCAUCUUAUGAUUUACAUGAACUGCAAUGAUCCAGAUUCUGAUUUAAAUGAGCUAUGGGGAUUCUCCUGUAUUGGUUCUAUAAUACUAACGACACCACAAGAACAAGCAUAUCAAAUUAACCAUUUCACGCAUAGUGGUCACUACAGUGGACAGCUAUUCAAAGGCUGUUUUCUUGUAUUUGUGUCAUGUUGGUGGUAUACUUGCACAUAAACCUCUGCAUUGGACACUGAUGUGUCACUCCAUACCCUGCCACCCACUGGUCGUUCAAUGUUACUAUAGAUGUAUGGCGUGUUUCAUUGUAAUUAUUGUUAUUCAACCCUGUCAUGCAUGAAUUAUGACAACCUCAAUCAGCAUUGUUUUCUCAAGUAUUUUUAUUCAUCCUUUCAUGCCUAAAGAUUACUAAAAAUGCUAAAAGAAAAAAUCCUGAUUGAGGUUGUCAUAAUUCAUGCAUGAAAAGGUUAAGUAUUUUAGACAAGAUGGAUUCAGCAUAACAUUCACUGACCUUUAGUUCUGCGCCACCAAGAGAUCUGCAUUUUUCAUUGCUUUGUUAUUAAUUUCAGCAUUUAGCUCAACUACUGCUACGCCUUACUGCAGCCUGCGCAGCUUUGUGGUGUACCCUGCGGAGAGUAACGGCUGCUUGUGUCCUUGAAAUGUCCGAUUUCCCUAUUCUGAAAAUGUGUUUUCUCAGUUAAUCUCGAUAAGCCAGUUUAUCUCUUUCUUUUUUUCAUUUUGAGGGAACGACAAGAAGUGGUUGCGCAAAUUGUACGUGUUGCAAUUGAGUUUUUUGCAGUCAAAUCACUACAUUUGUUGUGUUGUUUGUCUGUGUUGCCAAGCCACCAUCAGCCAGAUCUGACCAAACACCCGUAAUGCCCUCAGAAAGCAGAUUAGCUGAACUAUGAGUGUCGAACACCCAAGCAAAUGUAAUCGCUGAUGAUCUUAUCAAAAAUAUUUUAUGUUGUUAAGAAAUUUUAAACAAUUUUUUUCAGUGAAUACAAGUCUGAAAGUUUUCUUCAGUUCACCUCGAUAGCAUGAUUAGAAGCAGCCAAGUCUUAUUCAGAGUUUAGUCUUUUUGUAGUUGGAGUAUUGCAGUUCAUAUAAAGCUUCAUAACAAGGUUUGUGCUGCCAGGUUGAAUCACAUCCUCUCUGCUCCAAACUCUACCUCUGCUGUCUCUCCCUAAAGGGCAUGUAAAGCAUUUAUACUCCUGUGUUGUGACAUUUAUGCACUGUGAAAGUGGACAAGCGUGUCUGCAUUCAUGUAUUCUCAUACAAUAAACGCAUCUGAAAAAUC